UAUCGGUUACGUUGGAAACCCUGCUCAGCUUCUACUAAAAAAUUCUUGUCAAGUAACCAUAGAAAUAUUAUGGCCUUAACUUGUUUUUGUUUCUCCAGUCCUAAGUAGUUCAGCUUUAAAUACGUAAAUGAGAAGUAUAUUCAUGGUGUAAUUAUUGGGCAAAUUAGGAGUUCACUUAUAAUUUCAACGCAACGACUUUACAUGACAACAAGCACAUAGGCGUACGUAGAACCGUUACCUGAACUCAAAUUGUACACUCGUGGCAUUUGCAAAAAGGGAGCUAUAAAAUGUUGGAAUUACGGUAUGCCAGUUGUCAGGUAUUUGUUAUUUUAAUUCUGCUUGUAAACGCGAUACCGAGACAUAACAGAAAUGAUCACAAAAACGAUCCUCGAAAUAAUGGCGAUUUGGCUCUAUGGAUCGAUGAGAAACAAGUAAAAAUGUUUAGCGGUAUGGCGAUGGAAAUCUACGCAAUUGUAAAUGGUAAUGUUUUACCUUACAUUUUGGAUCCGAACUUUGAAAAAUACCUACCAGUUAUACCAGCAGAAGUAGGAUAUGUUAAUUUCACAUGGAAAUCAGGAGUGAAGAAGUAUUAUUAUCAUUUUGAUCGCUUGCAAUCAUUUGAUGAGAGUAUUUUAGAACCACCUGUUUUGUCAAUUAAAACGAAAGGUAGAGUUCCUAAGCGACCUAAAGAAUUUAGCAUAUUUCUACCAUGCUUGGGAAAUAGUUCAGGAAUUGCCAUAUUUGGUAUCGGCUUGUUGAUUGAAACUAGAAAGGGCAAACCCUUAAAUGGGACACCUUUAAGACUCAAAUUGAGGAAAGAAUGCUCUCAAAGAAAUCCAGAUCCGGAAUGCCAUAAAAAAUGUGCGAAUAAUGGCUGGUGUAAUCAUGAAAGAAUAUGCCAGUGUACAGAAGGAUAUAUGGGACCUUAUUGCCGUACUGCUUUGUGCUACCCGCAAUGCAUGAAUGGAGGUAAUUGCACAUCUCCCGGAAUUUGCAGUUGCCCUGAGGGUUUUCAAGGACGACAUUGUGAAGGAGGUAUCUGUGGCGAGAAAUGUUUAAACGGCGGAAAAUGUGUACAAAAAGAUACUUGCGAAUGUUCGAAAGGUUAUUACGGUCUUCAUUGCGAAUACUCAAAAUGCAUAAUUCCUUGCUUAAAUGGUGGAAAGUGUAAAGGUGUAAACAAAUGCAAGUGUCCGAAUGGUUUUAGAGGUGACCACUGCGAGAUUGGGCGCGUCAAACCUCACAGGAGUAUUUGCAAGGUGUCCUGCAGACACGGUACAUGUAUUGAUAGUACAUGUGUUUGUGAACCGGGAUGGUACGGAAGAUUAUGUCAUCAUAUGCAAAUGUAGCAUAUGAUAUUUUCAAGGGACUGCUGCACAAGUUCAUAUUGUAUUGGACUGACUAUGUACUAUGGAGAGCUACACCGAAGUGCCGUUUUUAUGUGAAUACCGCUUCAACUUUGAUUUUUGCUCAUAUAUUUUAUAUGCGUGAUAUACUUUAUAUAGACAGAUGUAAAUUCAAGCUAGGGCGCUUAUAUAUUUUUGUAUUUGAUUGUAUUUAAUAAUGCUUAGAUCUCGCUUAAUAACCAAUGCAAUAUCUUAUAGUGCUAUUUUAUUCAUGUGAUAAAUAUAUUUUUAUACAGAAACAUAUACAAAAUAUAUUUUAUUUAUAUGUAU